CGUACCGUAUGUAGUACCACCUAGUGAAUCGGAAUUCCGCUCAUUAAAGCCACCCGGUCUUCAGUUUUUCCCAGAGUUCCCUGCUAUUCUGCAUACGUUUCUUGUGCUGCAUUGCCUUGGUCUGAUAAUCCAUCGUCGACUUCACUAUGUCGAACGUUAAAUCCACUUGAAACGCUUCUCCACUCCCGGUUUUGGGUCGCAUCAGUACCCUGAGUUUGUAACGUUCUCUUACCACUGGGUUUUUCUUCAAAUGCCCUAUCUGCAAUCUCUGAUUCAACGUUGCGUGUACAAAGAAGCCCUGCGGAUGCUUCUUAAGCAGAGCUUGCCACGACCGUGGACCUAGAUAUAACGAAGCCAUCAACAUCAACCAACUGACGCAGUUGUUCCUCGUGUUCUCAAGCCAGACCAUAACAGCCUCGCCUCCGGAUGCUCUCAGCCAGGAAGAAAUCAAAGAUGCCAUCUCUUGAGCUUCUCACGUCACGCGCACUAUAAAAGGGUUGAGGGCCGCUCAGACGAAUGGAGACGUCCUUGCAAUCUUGUUUCUCCACUGCUCGACCAGCUAGUCGCGUCUCCUUUCCACGCUACCUGAAGUCACCACCAUGGGCAACAGCCUUGCUAUCAUGCGGCCAGCAAUUGACCAAUGCUGGCCGCCUAAACCCCAGUUCUCUCCAGACCAGAUACCAGACUUGACAGGCCGUGUAGUAGCUAUUACUGGAGGUAACUCCGGUAUAGGGAAGGAGACUGUAAAGGCUCUCCUGCAACAUAACGCAAAAGUGUAUCUUGGUGCCCGAAACAAGAGCAAGGCAGAGGCUGCGAUCAAAGAGUUGAAAGAGGAGACAGGAAAGGAAGCUAUCUUCUGGGAAAUUGACCUCAGCAGUCUUGCCGCCGUUCGCAAGGGGGCAGAAGAAUUCCUCAGACUAAUGCACGCGCUCUUCAGCAAAGAGAAGGAAUUACACAUUCUAUUCCUCAAUGCAGGCAUCAUGUGGUCACCGUUGGACCAGUUUACUCCUGAUGGCUAUGACCUUCAAUGGGGGACAAACAUAGUUGCUCAUUUCCUUCUCACGAAACUACUCAUGCCAGCAUUACUCGCCGGAAAGGAAACUUCACCGGACCAUCACGCCCGAAUCAUCACUACGUCUUCUACCGGGGCGUAUUUCUACCCCUGGAUUCAAUGGGACUCUUUCAAAGAUCAUCCUAUUCGACACAAGAUGGGCACGAAGGAUAUUUAUUUCCAAAGUAAAUUCGCUGGCGUCGUUGUCGCUAAGGAGUUUGCAAAACGAUACGGAGGAGACGGAAUCAUCUCCAUUUCAGUUAACCCCGGGAACUUGAAAACUAACCUUCAACAAAAUGCUAGCUCGUUCGAGUACAAGAUUCUCUCCGUACUGCUUCUCUACCCUGCCCCUCUCGGCGCGCUUACUCAACUAUGGGGUGGAACGAUGCCGGAGGCUCUGAACUACAAUGGAGGGUUCCUGAUUCCUUGGGCUAGGGUGGGUAAACCGCCGAAGCAGGCAUUGGACAACGAGCUCGGCGAGAAGCUAUGGAAUUAUCUGGAGAAUGAAGUGAAGGACUACCUCAAGUAGCUUGGGCGUUUCAUAUGGCCUUUUCUCAUCUCAGAGAUGUGUCGCGUGUCUAUGCAUGUUUAUUCUUGACGUCGAUCCUUAGAUAGCUAAUGGGAAAAUGUCAGGGUAUACAUACAUUUUGUUGAUUGUCAGCACAUUAUAGCUAGAUCAAUAUCAUACAACG